AUGCCGCCAGAAGGAAGCAAGAUCGCUCUCAAGAUCACCGUACACCCUGAAAAUCUACAUAUGACCGACGUUCACGAAAUCCGGGACAAGAUCGAAGGACUCGUCAAGGAUACUUUUGACAAGGCAGCCGGCAGUAUCGGAGCCACUACGGUCAUUCAAGACGUAGAACAUGAUGAAGAUGAAGCAAACGGAUGUGCUGAACGCUUCGGAACGUACAUCGGUGGAAAUACCAACUUGGCUUGUGCGACAGGUCCAAGAAGGAAUUACCAAGCUCAUCAGAAUGAAUCUUAUCAAUAUUUCCCUGCCAUUAACCCAAGACCAUCCCUAUUCCACGCAUGUACGACGUUCCUUCGUCUUGCCAUGUCCCACCGUCCCGACUUUGCGGCGGAACUGUUGGAAACGAUGAUGGGAUUAGAUAAUGCUAUGGAUUUGGAAGUGAAGGCACACGUGAACCUGGCUGCACACCUUCCACAUUCUGUCAAGAAACGUCGGCUCGGUGCUCGACAAGCAGGAGGGAUGUCUUCUCAAGUCCCGGAUGCGUGUGUUCAGAAUCAUCCCGACUUAUCCGAUCCCGACGCUCGUGUGUCGAUCUACAUGACUGAGAGGGCGGAGUUUCUCCAGGAUCUCGAGGCACAGCGAGAAGAUCGGUUCGUUCGACGAAUCUUAAUAGAUUCCUUGGGAAGCAUAGGACGAGCAAUGUGGAAUAAAGCUAGAAAUGGAAGAGGGAAGAUGGCAGCUUGGAGAAUCGCGCUACAGCCCAGCGAUCAGGGAAUCAUAUCAAGAAGUGAAGAAUCUUCGCAGAGAUGCAGUCACGUACCUUCGAAUACAGUCGCAGAGAGUGAAGAGUCACCCGACCGUACAUGCUAUCCUCCCGUGGGAUCUCUCCUUGCCUCAGGCAUGGACGAAGACGACUCAAGAUCUAUCCUUUCUAUGGCAACUCGUCUGACAAUAAAUGCCGACGACUUGGACGAAGAUCCACAUUGCUUCUCUGUCCUGGAAUCAAGCUACGAGCUCGACGAUGACGUUCUCUCCGACGCUCCCGAAGAACUUUCAGGAUCUCUGGACUUUGACCUUGUCGCUAAACACUCCAAUUUAAUCGACACUUUCCCCUAUCACCCGACCCCUGCGUAUCCUCAUACUUCUAUUCAUACGUCUAGCUACUCAUCUACCCCUCAAGAUCCAAUAAACUAUCCAUACACAGACCAACACCCAUCAGCUUCUUAUUCGACACCUCGCUUGUCUUACAUUGACGAACAUCAAGAGCUCUACGAGCGCCUCCGAUCCCCACCUCUAGACCCGGACAGUUCGUUCGAAUGGGCCGUCCCACAAACUCCAUUAGACACAGACGAUCUUGAUAUUGACAUUAUCCGUCCGACAUCACCCUCGUCUGACACACUCGGAUUUGUACAGGAUUUCCGGUCCUUAGAUGAGGACUGGUGGUAUGAUCAAGAACACCAUGAGCUUCCUUUGGGAAAAGAAGUUGGGUCCGAAUCGGAUGAUCUGGAAUUGGAAUCUGGAAAUUUCUACCCUUCAUUCUCUGUCUCACAGUUUGUCAACUCUACAACAUUCUUUCUUGAAGAGCGGGAUAGGCAAUGGGAAGAGAGGUCGAUAUGUCCUGACGAUAUAGACGAUGAGGGAGUACUGCAAGACGAUGGAGUGACCCGAGAGGAAGAAUCAAUACUGGAGAAUGACCAAGAUGUGUCAGAUACCGAUGAGGAUCGCAUUUUAGAUGCUCUGCCGGAUGCAUAUCAGGACGAAUGGGUUUGGGGGAAAGACGAGGUUUGGCAAGAUCACCGAUCAACAACAAGCUUUGAAAUUGGUUGGAAGCAACAUAAGAAUCCACUUCAAUACUAUAAUCACCCGAACUCACAGGAAGACAUAAACUCAAAGAGCAACGAAUGGGGGGAAAGUGGUGUCGAAGGAGAGGAAGAUACGAUUUUGAGUGAUUCAGAUGAAGGAUUAGGAGAUUAUAUCACUCCAUAUCAUACAGAUUUACCCAAUGGGGUAAUCCUCGAAGAUGGACAAGGAGAAGGAAUCGAAGAUGAAUUGUCAAUGGGAGAUGGGGAAGAAGAAGGAGGAUAUCAUGAUGAGAUAGUAUUGGGAGAUGAAGAUCAAGAAGGAGAAUCUCAUCAUGAAGUAUUAUUGGAAGAGGAAGAGCAAGAAGGAAAAGUUUACAAUGAAAUAUUAUUGGACGAGGAAGAUGAAGAUGAAGAGGGAUUGUUAGACAACUAUGAUUAUUCACAAGAAUACCAAUAUCAUCAUAUUCACCAAGAUUUACAUACUCACGAGGUCGAUUUCGAUUGUGGUGUUCAAAAUAAUGAUGAGGUUGAUGACAAUUACGAUGUUGAAGAUAGUAAUGAUGAGGUUGAUGACGACUACCAUGUUGAAGAUAAGAAUAAGGUGGAUGACAAGUACGAUGCUGAAUACGAUUACGAGGUUGAUAACAAUCACGAUGUCCAAAAUAACGAUGAAGUUCAAGACAAUAACCACAAUGACAACCAAGUUCACGACGAUUAUCAUGAUCAAGUUGAAGAUGAUGUCGAUAUCACUCACCAUGACCAACACCACGAUGAACUGAACGAACGAAAUCAUUUUCUUCACCCUCAAGAAGUAUACGAUUACGAACAUGAAUACGAUUAUUCUCAAGAGUAUUGGGGAACAUGA